CUAGUUAAACCUCUGACAUUCUCAACAAAUGUAAACAUAUUGAUUUGUUGUAUUUUUAACUCAUUUUAUUGACUUGCGGCUAAGGUUCAUUACAAAAUGGACCAGGAGACCGCGAAGAAGCUGUUCGUUGAGGGCGGAACGUUCGUGUUCCUUGGAGUACCUGAGGAAACGCAGUUUGGUAUUGACAUGCAAUGCUGGAACACUGAUGAGGAUUUCCGUGGAAUUAAGAUGAUUCCACCGGGUUUGCACUACGUGCAUUACUCCGCAGUCAGCAAGAGUACCGGGGACGUGUGCCCAAGGUCUGGUUUCAUGCACUGCUUCCAAAAGAAAGAAUUUCUUGUAAAGAUGUGGGACAAGAAGACGGAAGACAUAAGCACAGAGGAGAUAAGCGAAGAGAGCAUCCAGCGGUUGAAGGACAACCUGUUCAACUUGGACCGGCACCUGGCUCCAUACCCUUACGAGAUAUGGCAGAAAUGGAAGCUGCUUACAUCACAGAUAACAGCUGAACUCGCAACAAAACUUUCUCCAGAAAAAGGUAUCAUCCGAGCCUCAGUGGAACUCCUCUCCAUGACGGAUGAAGACCGGCCACGAGGCAUAAAGUCGGAAUCAAUGGAGAGCCAGGAGGACCCAGAAACACCGACUGAGGAGGGUGCAGAAGACACUCCGGGACAGUCCGAUGCUAAGAGAGCCAAGAGAGUCACUAGGGCUGAGAAGGAGAAUGCUAUGUUACCAGACUUGAAACCUGUACCAGGCGCUUCAAUGAGGUUCACAGAAAUACCGCAGGACAAAUACCCUCCAGGCUCCACUCCAGAAGAGAUCACCAAGCAUUACUUAGACCAGUCCUACUCUUUAGAGCUGAUGAUCGCGCAACACGAUGAGCCCUUGCACAUCAUUGGAGAGCUGCAACUAGCAUACCUUUGCUUCCUAAUCGGGCACUCACUCGAAUGCUUCGAGCACUGGAAGAGCCUCGUCAUCCUCCUCUGCUCAUGCGAUGACGCCAUCCACAAAUACAGGAGCGUAUUCUUCCACUUCAUCAGAACAAUUGAGAUACAAAUCGAGGAAAUGCCCGAGGACUUCCUAGCCGAUAUUGUCAUGAACAAGAACCUAGUCUAUAAGAAGCUGAGAGAGUUCUUCAGGACAGCCUAUGUGAGCAAAGUGGAUGGUCGACUCCUCACAAUGAUUGAACGAUUCAAGGAGAAUUUAACAGAGAAAUUGCAAUGGGAUUUCACGGGAUUGGAUGCUGAUGAUGAAGAUGAGAGGCCGGUUAUUGUUAAAUUGGAUGAUACGGAGUAGAUAUAAAUGUGAAACAAUUGGAAUUUUUGAUAUAUAGCCCAAGUCCUGGAAAGCAUAAUGUAACUCCAAAGUGGAGGUCAAAUAUUUGUAUCCGUUUGUAUUGGAUUUGUGUUUGGAUUAAAUUGUCUUAGAUAAACAAAAUCCAUUCAAAUAUUGAGCAGUCCGGGCAAAGAAGUACAUAAUUGUAUUGAUUUUGUGUAAAUUAUCAUAUCAUUUAUUUUUCAAAUAGUUUCAAUGUUAGGCGUAUUUGCUUAUUAAAUAUACAUUUUGAGGUUUCUAUAACAUUAGAGUUAUCGGAAUGUUAUGUGCAUUGAUGAUAUUAUUUUAUAUCUUUAUUUACAAAUAUAACGACGUAUGUUAGCAUAGGUUGUGACAUAGUUUGGACGUGUUCCAAUAUUGUAAAACUCCGAUAUAUUUAAUGCUAGUGAAAAUCUGCGACAAGUAAAUUAGUAUUUCUCUGGGUUUUACCCAAUUAAAUGUAGUGCCAAGUGGGAUUGUGUAGCCUAUUAGGCUUGCAUAUUACUUAAUUUAAUCCUAACUCUAAAUGUUUUAGUACAAAUACUGUUUUCCAUAUAUAGCACUUAUAUGACUUCUGUCUAGCUGUCUCUUCUUGUUGCUGUAUUUAGAUGUUUUUCUAUUGAUAAAUUUUUUAAAUUAUUAGUCAGUGUGGUAUUUUAGAGUACAUACCGUAAGCAAAAAUAAAAUCAUUCUGGACUUGAAUCUUUAGAACGCUACGCAUUUACAUAUAUAUUUAAGGACGGGCCUUUCGGGCAAUAAGAAUGGGGCCAGUACAGCGGUGUCACGCACAAGAAUUCGAGCCAAUCGUGCAGUCUAACGCCACAACGAUUGGUUGCCGAGUUCGCAUCACGCGCGCGAUUGGUCGUAACUAGUUGCGUUAGACUGCAUGAUUGGCUAGAAUUCUUGUGCGUGACACCACUGAACUAGCACAUUCUUAGUGCCCGUAAGGCUCGUCCUUGGAUAUAUGUCAAUGGCGCUACGCCUAUCGCGUGUCAUCGUGAACCGCACAAAGGAGGAGAAUGCACGAAGGUUGAUAUUGCGCUGUAGCCGCGCGCGUCAGUUGACGUCUUUGGCGGUUAACUCCAGUGUCAGAAUUCCCGCAUUGCAUCUAUUCAUGUAUUGUCAUGCAGAAACGCACAUAUUUUGUGGGAAUUACGGUGCGAAAUGAAAUGUUUUCAAUAACCGGGUCCACACAGAGCGAGCAUACACGCGAGGCAACUUCCUCACGCACAAUACGGCCAGUGUAGACGUGCCUCGGGCGAGGAAAAUGCGCGUGUAUAAUAACCAACAGUUUUAUUGAGGCGUUGUGAAUAAAUAAACAUCCCUUGUAAGAAUGCUUCAUUCGAAGGGCUGGAUUUCCGCCUAGGCCCACGAGGCCCGGGCGUAUAGUUCGUUUUUCUAGCAUUAGAAAAAAGGUAAACUUGACAUGAAUUUUUAUUGAAAAACGCUUUUUUUAAAUCAGUUGCUUAUGAAAGCAAAAAAAUGUAAAUGAUCGAAUAGAUUUAUAAUUCUUACGUUUGCAGUGACUUAUUUUUCAAUAGACGUCAAAAUCGCCUUCUUUCUAAUGCUAAAAAAAGGACUAUAGGGGCCCAGACAACCUAGCAUGGUUUUGAAAUGGAGAACGGGGCUCUUCCAAAUUCUAUGUGAGUGCCUAGGGGCCCUAGGUCUCGAAAUUCGGGCCUGUUCAUUCGCGACGUUUGUAUAAGAUUUUAGUUGUAUUUUAUGAUUGGUAUAUUUAGGCCAAGGUUACCAUCACGGCUUUAUGAUCUUCUUCCUGUUUGUUAUAAUUAUUGGAUUAAGCAUAAUGAAACCUUAUAAGUAGUACAGUCUAGAACUGUAGUUUUAUGUACUGUGUACAUCUCUAGGAUCCAGAUCAAAAGAAUUGUUGACAAUCCUUUUGCGAUCCAUACACUAAUAAUAUACCAAUGUCAAUUUUGAACUAGAUUCUAGGUGUUUUUGAUCAAUAUUAGCUUUAGUGCAAUAAAUAGACAUUAUUUUCUGAUCAUCUGUGAGUCCUAUUUCAAUUGUAAGUACAUUAAUAUAAUAAAUAAAAUGUACCUGUCAAAUGUC